AUGUUAAUCCGUCCUACUGAAGAGGAACUCGAAUCUUAUGGCUCACCUGAUUUCACCAUUUACAAUGCUGGGGCUUUUCCAGCAAAUCGUUAUACCACUGGUAUGACUUCGACUACUUCCGUUGCCAUCAAUUUUCAUAUGAACGAAAUGGUUAUUCUAGGUACAGAAUACGCCGGCCCCAAUGGUGACGUGUCAAUUUUCUUUGGUCUAUCUGGAACCGGAAAGACUACUCUCUCAGCUGAUCCAAAGCGUUCGUUAAUCGGUGAUGACGAACACUGUUGGUCAGAUAAUGGUAUUUUUAAUAUUGAAGGUGGUUGUUAUGCAAAAUGCAUACACUUAGCUCCAGAAAAAGAACCGGAAAUUUUCAAUGCCAUCCGAUUUGGAUCGGUUUUGGAAAAUGUUAUCUACGACCCUCAUAGUAGAAUUGUAAAUUAUGACGAUGAUGCAUUGACAGAAAACACGCGUUGUGCUUAUCCUAUAGAACACAUUCCUAACGCCAAAAUACCAUGUAUUUCAUCAAAUCACCCCAAAAAUAUCAUUUUAUUAACUUGCGAUGCUUAUGGUAUCCUCCCGCCAGUCUCCAAACUUACAUCAGCUCAAGCUAUGUAUCACUUUAUUUCUGGUUAUACGGCGAAGAUUGCAGGAACAGAAGAUGGUGUUACCGAACCAGAAGCUACAUUCUCAGCUUGCUUUGGUCAACCUUUCCUUGUGCUCCAUCCAGCACGUUAUGCAAAAAUGUUAGCCGAAAGAAUGGAACAACUUGCCAAUGCUAAAUAUGAACUUUAUGAUGUCUUUAAUUUACAAAUUCCAACAUCAUGUACGGGUGUUCCAUCUGAAAUACUAAAUCCUUCAAAAACUUGGAAAGGUUCUGAAGAGAGUUACAUUAAAACUCGGAAUUUACUGGCUCAACGUUUCAUUGAAAACUAUAUGCAAUAUGAAGACCAGGCUUCACCCGAAGUUUU